AUUUAACCUCAAUUGUAAUAUAGCCACAGUGAACUACAUAGCAAAUUGAGAUCAGCCUCACCUCAGUCACCUCCUACCCACAAUUUUACUCUGUUUGCAAAGUUUUUCUUCCACUUUUUUCCAAGGCAGAGGGCCAAGCAGUCACCCAUUAGUCUGGUGACAGGGAAGACACAUUACCAGACUAUAGCUGUAAGAAGUGAAUACAAGACAGUACAAAAUAUGGUGUCUUUGCUGGAGUACAGGAAAAGGAAGCAGAGCUGUGGUCGUGACUCCGAGUCCCUAAGUGCCACACACACGCCUCCUGGCAGCCAUUACAGCCAGGACACUCAUCACAGUCACCGGCUACAGCAUCGGGCCUCCCCUCACCCUUACCCAUCGUCUGCUCAGCCUUACUCCAGUCCACACACAGAGGCUGUCAGCCCCUCAGAACCACCCGCCCCAGCACCCUCUCGACACCAGGACAACCAGUGGAUGGUUCCGACUAGUGUUGAACGACUAAGGGAAGGGCAGGGGGUUCUAGAGCGAGUGCUGAGAAGCAUCAAGACGGAGCGCACCUACAAGCACGGUGAUGGUUCAACUGACAAAGAAUGUGUCUACAGAGAGCCAGCGGACUGACAGCCCGUCAUUCCCUCAGCAGACCCUCCCAGUCUCCAUUCCAAGGUUCCUUCAGUCCCUCGGCAGGCUCGCACUUGUGUCUGGGCCGCUCCAUGGGCCACCCUCUUGACCACUCUGUGACUUCCUCAACUCCCUCCUUCAAGCGCUCUACACCAGCAGACUGACACACAGCCGGCCACAGGAUCUGGGCUGGGUGCUGGGUGAAGCAUGCCCCAAACCACACACUCCCACCAGGGAUGAUCCAGUGUACAUGCUUGGGAUUACUGACACCAUGUGGAAGAGUGAGGAUGCGCACUAGAGUCAGAGGUGCUGUGAAAAAGUCACUAAAGAGCAGUGCAUUCAGGUUGUUUUGGGACUUUGAGGACAAUAGAUGUACAGACCAUCCAGGAACAAGGACUUGUGGAUUCAUUUUAGUUUUUUUCUUUGUUUCCUUUGCAUUGUGGGAUAUUGUUAUGAUACGUUGCCCAAAGAUCAUAGACACUUUAUGGAAAUGGACAACCCCCUGCUUUCUAAAGUGCCAGGCUCGCGUGAGGUUCACAAACAUCCAUAUACAGCAGUAUCAGAUGGGAUACGUGAGUGGGUCUUUUUUUAUGUUUGACAAAAGUCAAAUGUGUUCGUAAAUACAGCCCUCGAUCCAAAAAAAGGAAUGGAAAGUGCAGAUAAAUGAGUGCUGUUAAAGUCUAUUUUGGCUUGUAAUUCAUUAUAAGCAUCCAAAUAAACAUCUGUUUAUUGUAUUGGUUCAUUUUAUCUAAAAUAUUUGUAAGAUUCAACAAAAAUUAAGGGUUAUUACAGUUUAGACUCAUCAGCAAUAAUAUAAUAAGAACUGCUUCAGACUAGCCAACAUUCUAUCUGUUGCCUUGUACUGCAUCAGCCCACGGUGUAUGCCUUUUUAAAAUUUGGACUUGGACUUAAUUUGGAGAGCUCUGGGGUGUACAGACCCCAGCUUAUACCUAACCUCUUAACCCUUGCGGCGAACUGAAAGCGAAAGCUGAUAUGCAGCUAUGAAUGUAUAUUUUAAGUGUAUAGUACUUCAACUUGGUUUUACUGCACUGGGGUUAUUUGGUUUUCUAGUUAUAGUCGAAUCAUCCAUUAUUUUACAGCCCACUUUUCUCAUUACCAUUCCAUAUAAAGAUCUUCAGUAAACCCAUGUAUAGCCAUUGGUCAAUAAUCUCAUUUUUUAUCUUGACUUAGACCCCUUAGUUUUAAAAAAAAAAUUAAAUUACUGUAUGUCACUGACAUCUACCAUUGUAUUUGAUGCAGUACAUGCUCUUGGGGUUUAAGGUGCUGCAUUUUCCAGUGAAAUAAAAGCCAGUUCUGCAUUUAGAGCUGAUCUAGCCACUAUAUUAGUUGAAAUCUGUUUUUAUUUUGUUCAUAUUGAGCAGAGUUUCCUGUGAUUGUGUUUAGAGAAAUAACCAAAUAGGCAUUUUAUUCACAUGUUGGGUUUGAUCUGUUCAACAGUACUACUUCCCCCCAUUUCUGACCAAUCCUUGCAUUCCAUGUGAUACUGAGGGAUCUCUGAAGGAGUACUUGGAUAAUUGUUAAAAGUAUAUAACUACUGCUGCUAAGUUCUUUUGGAAGAGCUACUUCUCCUUGGAAGUAUGGUGUAUUUCUUUGUUGCAAUCCUUCUAAUUGAAGAGGCGGUUAUGCUAAUACAGUGGUGGGACCUUUAGCUGGGCUGAGCAGCUCUACUUCUGUUUUCCCCCUGCUACAACUUCAACACAAGGAAUGUUUGACCCAAACAAAGAAACUGUUUGUGGCUCAAAAUUACCAGCACCUUAAAACAAGAGAUUCAACCUUAAAACACAAAAGGACAUUAUGUAUGACUAUAUGACCUGUGUAUAGAAAGAUAUGUGAUAUAUAGACUUGUAUGAAGAUAUAGUACACAUGAUUUCUGUUUUCUGGUCUUUCUGACGAUUGGACGUUAAUCAUUGGGUCUGUUCAUUGGUUCCUCUCAGAUGCUGCAUUCUUUUUGUACAUUUCUGUUGGUUUUGUUAAUUUUCUCACAGAUCAUAGUAGUAACUAAUUCAAUUGUUGCCCUCCAAAAGAUUUAAGAAGAGUUGUAUUGCAUUUUGAUAAUAAAAUAAUCAUGAUGAUGA